GUGGGGUGGUGCCCAGCAGGGCGAAGGUCGCUGGAGAGAGCCGGCUCUGGAGGCGGCACUGCGGGUCGGAGGGUCCUGGAGGCCAGACGGCUGGACCCUCCAGGGCUGAGCGUUACCCGGACGCCCAGAUGGGGGCUUGGGCCGUGCUGUUGUUGCUGCUCGCAGCCGCCGCCCAGGGCAAUGCCUGCUCCAUCAAGCAGAACGUGCUCGUGGUGGAGGAGAACACACAGCUCUCUGAGCCAGUGGGGACCAUCGAGGUCCCCAAAGACCAGGAGGUGGUUCUGGGGCCCGAGUCCACCCCCGAUGCAUUUCGGAUCCAGAACCAGGAGGACCAGACCCAGCUCUUCCUCGACCUGAGUCCCGACUACGAGAGGAACGACGUCCUGCUGGCCCACCUGCUCUGCAGAAGGGGGGACACCCUGGUGACGCAGCUGAGGGUGUUCCUGACUGUGCUGGACGUCAACGACAACGCGCCCACCUUCCCCUUCGGGGACACCCCCCUGAACGCUUUGGUGCCCGAAGAUGAGAGGGUGAACGCCACGGUCAUCCCCGAGGCGGACCUGCAGGCCACGGACCUGGACAAGAGCGACACCCUGUUCUACCAUCUCGAGGAAGUGACCAAGAAUGCCAGCCUCUACUUCCAACUGGCGGGCGUCAACCAGCCGGCCCUGAAGCUGAGGAGGUCGCUGGCCUUCAUCGACCUCGACCGCUGGCCCAACAUGACCUUCCAGCUGCUGGUGCAGGACACUCAGGACUCUCAGGAUUCCACCCACACGGCCACAGCCACCCUGGUGCUGCGGGUGCAGCCGGCGGACCUGCGGCCGCCCUGGUUCCUGCCCUGCGCCUUCGAGGACCUCCAGAACUGCGUCCAGGCCCAGUACCAGGGGGUGGUCCCCACGGGCAUCCUGCCGCUGGGCGCCCUUCCCCUGCACCCCGGGCCCCUCUACGCGGUGGACGGUGACAGGGCCAUCGACCAGCCCAUCGUCUACAGCAUCCUGCAGGGCAACGAUGACCUCACCUUCGACAUCAGCGCGGCCUCGGGCAACCUCACCAUGGCCAGGAGCGUCCCCAGCCCCCGGACCUUCGUUCUGCUGGUCAAGGCCGAGCAGGAGGACGGGGCGCGGUACUCGGUGACCCGGGUCACCAUCACGGUGGAGGACCGCGACGCCAACGGCAGCGUGCCCACCUUCCCCCUGCGGCUGUACCACGGCUUCCUGGUGCUGGGCGGGGCCCCGGGCGUGGCCGUCAAGGACAGCUCGGACCCCUCGCAGCCCCUGACGGUCCGGGCCCGCGACUCCGUGUUCCCUGGCUUCGACCCGGCCUUCGCCUACCGGAUCACCAACAACUCGAAGUUCCGGAUGGACGGGGAGGCCGUGCUGACCACCCCCGAGCUGGUGGCCCCCGGGGUCUACGCCGCGGAGGUGGAGGCCACCAACGCGGUGACGCAGCGCCAGGCGCGCACGGAGCUGCAGGUCCGCGUGCUCCCCGAGCCCACGCCCCCCCAGCCCCGCCUUGGGGGGGACCCCUGCCCCAUCGCCGUCAGCCCGAGGCCGGGGCCCCGCAGGCUGGUGUGCGGCCGGGCGCCGGCGGUAAGUGAGCUUGGUAUUGCCCGCAGGGACGCCCGGGACCGGGGCAGUGACGGGGACCGUGACGGUGACGGGGGCAGUGACGGGGACCGGAGCCGGGACCGGGGCAGUGACGGGGACUGGGGCAGUGACCGGAGCCGUGACGGGGACCGGGGCAGUGACCGGGGCAGUGACGGGGACCGGGGCAGUGACGGGGACCGGAACCGUGACCGGGGCAGUGACCGGGGCAGUGACGGGGACUGGGGCAGUGACCGGGGCAGUGACGGGGACCGGAGCCGGGACCGGGGCAGUGACGGGGACCGGAACCGUGACCGGGGCAGUGACCGGGGCCGUGACCGGGACCGGAACCGUGACCGGGGCAGGGACGGGGACGCGCAGAUGGCCGCCCUGGGCGGGGUGCUGGGCGGGCUGCUGCUGCUGGCCCUGCUGGCCCUCGCCGUCCUGGUGCGCAGGCACUACGGCCACAGGCUCCGGUGCUGCUCCCGCAAGACCCUGGAGCCCCCGCCGGGCGGCCGGGCUGGAGGCCACGAGAACCCGGCCUUCCUCGGCCCCGACCAGGCCAACUGGGCGCCGGCCCUCGACGCCGCCCCCCGCGCCGCCCCCGCCGACCAGCCGCCGGCGACCCCCGAGCCGGAGCCGGAGCCGGCCCCCGCGGCGGCCCGGGACGAGGACGGCCCCGCGGCCGUGAGGUCCAUCCUGACCAAGGAGCGGCGGCCCGAGGGCGGCUACAAGGCCGUGUGGUUCGGCGAGGACGUCGGCGCCGAGGCCGACGUGGUGGUGCUCAACGCGCCCUCCGCGGACGCGCCCGGCGCGGGCGACUCGGCCAGCGACUCGGCCGAGGACGCGGACGCGGACGCCGCGGGGCAGCCGGACGGCGACUCCACCUACAUCUAG